UUUCAGUAGGCCCCGCUCCCCUGACCGGCGUUUGUUCCCCGAGCAGGUCUCGGUGCUGUAUUUCGCUAGGAGCGCGGAGCUGGCGGGGCUGCGCUGCGAGACGCUCUCUGUGCCGCGGCAGAUCACCUCUCUGCAGCUCUGGGAGGAGAUCGUCAAGGUUCACCCAAGGCUUGCUGUCAUCCGGGAUCAAGUGGUUUUUGCUGUUCGGCAGGAGUACGUGCUUCUUGGAGAUCAGCUCCUGGUCCUGCAGUCCGGAGACGAGGUUGCCAUCAUCCCACCAAUUAGUGGAGGCUGAAUCUGCCCCAGUUCUGUUCGACUUUCCUACCGGGAAGUAACCUGUAUGCAUUAAAAACCAGGUCAUUGCUUGAUAUUGCAGUUAAUAUUCUCUCAGCAAGUCUGCUGAGAUGUGAAUUUGCCAUGGAGUCUGGUCUCUUGGGCUUUUCUAGUCAACUAUGGAUGAAAGCGAAGAUGUGCCAAAAGAUUUUAUCAAGCUCAAGUCUGAAAAGCUCUCUGUAGAUGAAGUGUCAGAGCUGGUCAUUUCACCAUACUGUGGGGCAGUGUCUCUGUUCAUUGGUACCACAAGAAAUAAUUUUGAAGGCAAAAAAGUGAUUCACUUAGAAUAUGAAGCAUAUACUUCGAUGGCAGAGACCGAAAUAAAGAAAAUCUGCAGAGAUGUUAGACAGAAAUGGCCAUCAGUCAAACAUAUUGCAGUGCACCAUAGACUUGGCGUGGUUCCAAUAACUGAAGCAAGUGUAAUUAUUGCAGUGUCCUCUCCACACAGAGCAGAAUCCCUUGAAGCUGUAAUGUACUGCAUCAAUACCUUGAAAGCAUCCGUCCCAAUAUGGAAAAAGGAGAUUUAUGAGGAUGAAUAUUCUUGGAAAGAAAACAAGGAAUGCUUUUGGGCAAAUUCAGAAAAAUAACUGUACUCUUUUAAAAAUAAAGUGUUACUGUUCCUAAUGAACAUACUGGUUUAGCUUUGAGUUGUUUUUACAGAGAAUCUAUAUGUUUUUAAGCAGUUGUAAUAGACAUUUCAAUCUGAAUAAUUUAAUUAGAACUGAAUGAAAUGAAUGAGUACUAAUUAGGCUUUUUAAGUGUUCUUGACUCUCUUUUGAAAUUGUCUCUUUGUGCAUUUCAACAUGGAGUCAGUUUUUAAAACAAUCUUCCAUAAAAUUCUUGGUUGCAAGGUGUUUAGUCCUCUGUGAUAUAUACUGCUUUAAUGCCUUUACAUUAGUAGUCUGUGUUCACUGUCUGCAUGAGAGAUCAUAACAGGACAAUUGGAUUUUUUUUUAAUCUUAAAAAAAAGUCUUGAGUAGUUUAAUUUUAUAUGACU